AUGGUUUCUGAGGAAACCAAACCAAAGAAGCAAAGAGAUGAGGAAUGCAUUAUAAACUGUCUCCCAGGAGAACUCAUUGAGCGGAUAUUUUUGAAGCUUCCAGUGAGCACUUUGUUGAGGUGCACUGGUGUUUGCGAGCAAUGGCACAAAAUCAUCCGAGAUCCCCAGUUUGUCACAUCACACCUCCAGCAUGCACCCCGUUAUGCCCUUCUGUUCUUCCCACAAGAGUCGGUCUUAGGCGAGCCCCAUCCUGCUGAUGCUAUCCUGAUUGAUGAAGCCUGGUCGCCGUCGACAUAUGCAGUGCCAGUGAUUGGGCCUGAUGAUUUCCUUUGUGGUUCAUGCAAUGGGCUUCUUUGCUUAUACACAAAGUCAUCAACACUCAAGAUAACUAAUCUUGCAACCGGUGAAUUCCUGCAUCUUGAGAAACCUGUAAAGAAUUUGAGGGGUGAUCACUUCUUGUUCUACAACUUUGGGUUUCACCCAUUGACAAAAGAAUACAAGAUCACACACUUCCUUGGUGAUUCCGUCGAGGGUCGCCCUCGCCCCCAUAACAAUAACAGAUUCAGUGUCAUUCAAGUUUACACGCUUGGUGAUGAGAAAUGGAGGGAUAUCAAAACUCCAGAAGCCCUAAGCUUAAACUGUGUAAAAAACUCUGGAGCGGUCACUAUUGACGGAACACUGUAUUGGCUAAUUGAAGACAUGGUAGCUAGCUGGCAGCAUGCAGUUAUGACCUUCGAUCUCUGUGAAGAAAGUUUUGCACAGAUACAACUGCCAGCAACUAAACCUGAAGAUUUUGCCGGUGGUGGUUCUCGUCGGUACUGGAUCAGAGAGAUGGAUGGCAAGGUAUGUGUAGCGACUGCUCAAACCUGUCCUUCUCUGCCCAGAAGGCUUGUUGGUAAGCUGCAGAUCUGGGAACUUGAGAACAAAAAAGAGCAAAGGUGGAGCCAGAAGUACAAUGUUCAGUACUCGCCAGAUUACAUUCCGGGUCCAAAUUUGGUUUAUGGGGAUAAGAUCAUACUGCAACGCCGCGACGGCAACCUAUAUUCCUAUGAGUUGCUUGGGGAGAACUUCAAUACUAAAUUGUGUAAGAUGGCAAAGCUGUUAGAUUUCAGUCCCCACAAGCCUGACAACAUGCAAUCCUAUAUCUGUGUGAAGUCACUUGUACGUUUAGAUGUAUACAAGAAGACUGCCAUUGCGCGCAUGCCAAAACAGCGGGAAGGCUGGGAAUUGAAGAAGUGGAAGGCGUGGGAGCAUCAGCUCUCUGAGAAUGAAAGAAUGUGGAGCGACACUCACCGAGAUGAGCACAAGGGAACUGUAUGCUUGCUGAAUUCAAAUUUAGCUUAA